UCAAUUGACAAGCUACAAUGCACUAGAACUUUUGUAGUAGAUUAAAACUGAAAAUUCCCAAAAUAAUUCGCAAUCAUUUUUCUAAAUUAAAUAUUGACGGGAGUGGGAGAAAUAUAAGAUGCUUACAUUUUCUUAAAGCUUUUAGUAUUCCUUUGUCAUUAAAGUGACAUUAAAAAAUUAGCAAAAUGAGUGGGGACGAUGACCAAAAGAUGGAGAUCAUCAAAAAAGCCUUCACCAUGUUCGACACGGGCAAAACAGGCUUCAUCGAGACCAUUAAAAUCGCCACCAUUUUGAACACCAUUGGUCAAUUAUUCGAUGAAGUCGCCCUAAAUGAUUUGAUUACCAAAAAUGACCCUGACAGGACUGGACAAGUGAACUUCGAUGGCUUCUAUGAAAUCAUCUACCCUUUCCUAGAAGAGGAUCUUGAUGAGGCUGAAACACAGAACGAACUUAAGGAAGCUUUCAGGUUAUACGAUAGGGAAGGUAACGGAUAUAUCACAACAGGUACCCUAAAAGAAAUUUUGGCUGCUCUGGACGACAACCUUACCAGCAGGGACUUGGACGGAAUUAUUGCAGAAAUUGAUACUGAUGGAUCUGGUACCGUAGAUUUCGAUGAAUUCAUGGAGAUGAUGACUGGAGACUAAAAUAUUUAUAUUAUGGAAUUAUGGACAGGGUCACUAUUUGGACUAAUUUUAGGGAAAUUAUAGUAUUGAAAAAAAUUCCAAUCUAGGGUUACUCAAGAAGACAAAUAAUGUGUAUUCAUUACUUAUAAAUAAAACAUGUUGAAAUUGUUGUUAAAUUAAUAAAUUAUUUUUUGAAUCA